UUUUGGUUGUUUUUUUUUUUUUUUAAUUAUUAUUAUUAUUCAUGUUUGUACAAUCUUCUGGAUAUUUUUUUUCCGAGAAGGAGUAAAAGGGAGUGUUGGAAACUAACAAACAGGAUUAAUAGCCCUGAGCGCUUAAGGAAAAAACAGGUUAAGGAACUUAAUCCAGGAUGGAUCUGCAGGAGCCCCAGCAGCUGGGAAUGUUUGCGGAGAGCGAGCUGAUGUCGGUGGGGAUGGACACGUUCAUCCACCGCAUCGACUCCACCGAGGUCAUUUACCAGCCCCGGCGCAAACGGGCCAAGCUCAUCGGCAAGUACCUCAUGGGAGACCUGCUGGGAGAGGGCUCCUACGGCAAAGUCAAGGAGAUGCUGGACUCAGAGACCCUGUGCAGGAGAGCUGUGAAGAUCCUGAAGAAGAAGAAGCUGCGCCGGAUCCCCAACGGGGAGGCCAACGUGAAAAAGGAAAUCCAGCUCCUGCGGCGACUACGGCACAAAAACGUCAUCCAGCUGGUAGAUGUGUUGUACAACGAGGAGAAGCAGAAAAUGUAUAUGGUGAUGGAGUACUGUGUGUGUGGGAUGCAGGAAAUGCUGGACAGUGUCCCAGAAAAGAGGUUUCCAGUGUUUCAGGCUCAUGGGUACUUUUGUCAGCUUAUAGAUGGCUUAGAAUACUUGCACAGCCAAGGGAUUGUCCACAAGGAUAUAAAACCGGGGAACCUCCUGCUAACAACCAAUGGGACACUAAAAAUAUCCGAUUUGGGCGUAGCAGAGGCAUUGCAUCCGUUUGCAGAGGAUGACACGUGCAGGACGAGCCAAGGGUCACCAGCAUUCCAGCCCCCAGAAAUUGCCAAUGGCCUUGACACCUUUUCAGGCUUUAAAGUCGACAUCUGGUCUGCAGGGGUGACGCUAUACAAUAUCACAACGGGUCUGUACCCUUUUGAAGGGGAUAAUAUCUAUAAAUUAUUUGAAAACAUCGGGAAAGGCGACUACACAAUUCCAGAGGAUUGUGGUCCUCCACUCUCAGACUUAUUGAGAGGGAUGCUUGAAUACGACCCAGCCAAGAGGUUCUCAAUACAGCAGAUAAGGCAGCACAACUGGUUUAGGAAGAAACACGCUCAGGCAGAGGCGCUGGUGCCCAUCCCUCCCAGCCCUGAGACCAAGGACAGGUGGAGGAGCAUGACGGCGGUGCCUUACCUGGAAGAUCUGCAUGGCUACAAUGAGGAAGAGGAUGAUGACUUGUAUGACAUUGAAGAUGAUAUCAUCUACACUCAGGACUUCACAGUACCAGGACAGGUGCCUGAGGAGGAGGAGGCGGGGCAGAACGGGCAGAGCCGCGGCCGGGGGCUGCCCAAGGCCGUCUGCAUGAACGGCACGGAGCCGGGGCAGCUGAGCGCCAGGGCCAAGGGCGAGCGCCGGGCCAGCGCCUCCUCCAACCCCUCCCGCAAGGCCUGCUCUGCCAGCAGCAAGAUCCGCAAGCUCUCCACCUGCAAGCAGCAGUGAGCCCUGCCCAGCAUCCCCGGGCCCGGGCCAGCCUGCAUCCCCCUCCUCACCCCAGCUCUGCCUCUCUCCUGGGACUGGACUGUGCUUGCAAUCCAAAAGGAAACCAGAGGAAACCAACCGAGGAGCCCCCCUUCCCUCCCUGCACCCCCUGCUGCGGCCGGCGCCAGG